AACAUAGCACUUUUAUUUAGCAACAUGGCUACACUGUCAUUAGCUUUCGUUGGGCACGUUACCCAGACUUUACCUCGCUUCUGACUUGACUGACAGAACUACAAACACUAACCGGAAGUAGUUAAAUGUAGUGUUUUCUGUGCAGAAAGGAAGAGAUGAGACUUCCUCUUCGCUGCUUUUGCAUCUUCAGGAGUUUAUUCUCUCAAAGGCAACAAAGGACAGACCCACAGAGGCGAGGCCUGAGUGGUGCAGCAAUGCGCCUGGUGCAGUUUCAUCGCCAUGGUGACGGAGGAGACAUCAGAGUGGGCGUGGAGCAAGGUGACGAAGGGCUGGGUGUGGUUGAUCUGAAGGCGUUUGACCCGUCCAUGCCCUCGACCAUGAGAGAGCUGCUGGAGCUGGGAGACCAGGGUCUGGAGUGUGCCCAGAGAGCCUUGUCGUCCGGUCAGUGUGUGGUGGAGCGAUCGGACAUCCAGCUGCUGUCUCCUGUGUUGGCCCCGGAGAAGGUGGUGUGUGUGGGUAUGAACUACCGGGACCACUGCCUGGAACAGAACGCCCCGAUCCCCAAAGAACCGAUCAUCUUCAGUAAAUUCCCAAGCGCCAUCACGGGGCCGUAUGAUGACAUCAUACUGCCCUCAGAGAGCCUGGAGGUGGACUGGGAGGUGGAGCUGGCCUUUGUGAUUGGACGAAGAGGAAAACACAUCAAGGAGGAAGACGCUCUUUCCUACGUGGCCGGGUUCACUGUGGCCAAUGACGUCAGCGCACGCGACUGGCAGAUGAAGCGCAACGGAAAGCAGUGGCUGCUGGGAAAAACGUUUGACAGCUUCUGUCCGCUGGGCCCUGCUUUAGUGACCACCAACGCUGUGAAAGAUCCUCACAACCUGGGCGUCCGCUGCCUGGUUAAUGGAGACACAGUCCAGAGCAGCAACACUGAUCAGAUGAUCUUCAAGACGGAGGCGCUGGUCGCCUGGGUCUCAAAGUUUGUGACAUUGACGCCAGGAGACGUUUUCCUGACAGGCACUCCUCCAGGCGUGGGUGUGUUCAGAAAGCCACCCGUCUUUCUCAAGAAAGGAGAUGUGGUGGAGUGCCAGAUAGACCAACUAGGCUCCAUUAUCAACAAAGUGGUCUAAACCCUGAGACAAUCUGCUGUUAAACUGCACUUCUGAUCGGCUGCUUCGCACAAUAAAUGACUAUUUUCAAAGAG